CCCUUCUCUCCUCCUCCUCCAGAUUUGUCUGUUGGCGCCCACAGAAAGCCAUGCUGAAGCAGGAUUCAUCGGGCGGCGUUUUCUCGUGGAGCCGCAGUCGAGUCAUAGUCGUCACAGUUGGCAUGCUCGCCAUCACUGUGGCCGUGACGGCAACGCUCUGGUUCCUGGAACUGCUGCCACCGAAGCGCAAGCGGCGGCCCAAAAGAUCUGUUCCUCGCGCUGGAGUGUCGGAUGACUUUGACGGAGCGGCGGCGGCAGUCCGCAAGUGGAGCCACACACUGUCGACGGAGAGCCAGUUGUCCCUCUACGGUGAGAAAAGGAAGCGCAGAGCACGCUACCGCAGACAGAAAUUUGUCCGUGCGUGUCGUUCUUCCAUUUUUCAGCUCUCUACAAGCAGGCCAUUGAGGGUGACUGUUUGGAACCCUCACCGUCGCCCGUGGACGUGGUGGCCAUCCAGAAGUGGCGCGCCCGGCAGGCUACCCGCGGCCUUCCUCGUUCGGAGGCCUCUGAGCGAUACGUCGAGAAGGUCCGAUCUCUGGUGCCGCAAUGGGAGGAGGGCGAUGGGGGAUCUGACAGCAUCUGGUUAACGGACAGUGAACUGGCGCAGAUGAGGGAUGCGGCAAAGGGUGAUGGGGCGCCCCCGAAGGCCAUGCAGGGGGGUGUGAGCAUGCCGGCACAUGCAGAGGGCGACAGUGAUGAAGAUGGGCAGGAAGACGGAUUCCAGAAGAGAGAGGGGUACCCACAUUUCAUGUGCACAAGAGCAUCAGGGGUGGGGGAGGGGGCCAGUCAGCAACCUCGCAUCUCGUCUUUCCCGUCUCUUUCAGUGGUCCGGGUGACAAGGUGUGUCGGUUGGCCGCCAAGGGCGACCUGGAGAGACUCAAAGCCGCGAUCGACGGUAUCUGUGACAGACACAUGCAGCGGCAGACAGACAGAAGGGCACACUGACAAGAUGGCAUGCAUGAAAUGCGAUGCAGGUGACCGUUCGCUCGUCAGUGGCCGUGACAGUCAAGGGAUGACGGCACUGCACUUCGCCGCUGACAGGCGAGGGAGGGGAGUCAUAUCGAUGAACGGGGGAGGAAGCCGACCAUCUUGCUUCUUCGCUGGUUCGAUUGCUUCAGAGGCCACGAGGCGAUGGCCGCUUAUCUGAUCCAACAGGGUGAGCACACAUCACAGCCACACAAGCACACCAGUCUACGUGUCUGUCGGCUUCACUGCAGGCAGUCCAAUCGACGCCCAGGACGACAACGGGGAGACGCCUCUCCAUAUCGCCGUGCUCGCUGAGGUAAUACGAACGCACGCCAGAGUCGGCGAAACGUGUAGCACACAGCUUGCCUCACUGCGUCUGUGCGUCUGUGAACCUGUGAAAAUCUGUCAGCAAGCGGGCAUCGUUCGCCUGCUGUUGUCUCGUGGCGCCAGCAGUACCAUCAAGAACAACGACAACCAAGACCCGCUGAUUCUGGCGGAUGAAUCGUCCGAGGCUGUGCGUGACGCUCUCACCUGGCAGAUGGUUGCGUCUGUCCAAAAGUGAUGCGAUAUCGGUGACGUGUACGUGUACGUAUGCUGUACGUACGUACGUGUGUGCGUGUACAUACAAUAAAUACAUCAUGUAUGUAUGUACGUGUGUACGUCUGUAUGGAAUACCUGUAUGUAUACAUACCGAUGUGGACUCUUUGUUCGAUCCGUUGGUCGUCAAAAUUGUAAC